UAUCUUGCACGUGCCCAUUGUUCCACAUACAUCUACAACUGUUGAGCAUCCCAUGCUUUACCUUUUCUGUGUUCUUGUCGCACAUUUUUACUUGCUGCCUGCACCAAGCACAAACAUAUCCGCACAGCAUAUGCUAACCAUCAUCAGGCGCUAUAAGCAGCCUCAAGAUUCCAUCUCAACCACAACUCUCUACCUACCAUGCCUUUGGACGCCAAGGAAAUUGAGCUCCGGGCCAAGGCCGUCAACAAGGCCGCAACUUCCAAUGAACCUCCCUCCACCAUUAUACCGCUUCUCAAGCAACUACAACAAGGGGUAAAGGCCACCGAGGACCUGCUGCGAUCCACCCGCGUCGGUAUCGCCGUGAACAAACUCAAGCAACACAAAUCACCCGAGGUCGCCCGUCUCGCGAGCGAAAUUGUCUCCAAAUGGCGUCAUGAAGUGAACAAGCAAAAGGCUGGGCCCUCACCUGGGGCCAGCGGACGAUCCAGUAGCUCCCCUCGACCUCGUACCAACGGCACCCCUUCAGGCGGCACCACUCCUUCCGACAAGGCAUCGAAGCUUUCGGUGGCCCCGGACAAACGCACAUGGAAGGCAGAUGGCGUGGAUACCAAUCAAACUGGCAACAAGAUUCGCGACAGCUGCAUCGGACUGAUGUACGAUGGACUGUGUCUCUACUCGACUGAACCCCCACGGACUGUACUGGCCAAGGCAUCGGCCGUCGAGGCGGCAGCACUCAGCGCAUACGGGCCGGAAUCGAAGGAACAAUACCGCACGAAGAUCCGCAGCUUAUAUCAAAACCUCAAGAAUAAAUCGAACCCAUCGCUGCGCAUCCGGGUGCUCAGCGGCGAAGUGACGCCGGAGUACUUUGUCAAGAUGUCGCACGACGAGCUGCGGUCGGCGGAACAGGAGGAACGGGACCGCAAGAUCCAGAAGGAAAACAUGGACAAGGCUAUGGUGGCACAGGCAGAGCGGAGUAUCAGUACGAGCUUGCAGUGUGGCAAGUGUGGGCAGCGCAAGGUAACAUAUACGGAAGCGCAGACGCGCAGUGCGGACGAACCGAUGACAUUGUUUUGUACGUGUAUGAACUGCGGCAAGUCAUGGCGGCAGUGAUGGUAUAACAGUGAUGGCGGUGAUGAAUGUAUUCCUUUGUAUCGAUUUAUAUCUGGGUUAUAUUGUUGGUGUUGGGACACUAUGAGGCGAGGAGUUGCGGUUGUUUCAACAGGUUAUGUCAUGUCAUAGACUGAAUCGACGUCAUUCACCAUCCCCUCUUCCCCAUCAA